AUGACGACACCCAGAAAUUCAAUGAGUGGAGCUUUCCCAGCAGAUCCUAUGAAAGGCCCUGUGGCCAUGCAACCUGUUAAAAGACCGAUUCCCAGGAAGAUGUCUCCUGUGGUGGGCCCCACACAAAGCUUCUUCAUGAGGGAAUCCAAGGCUUUGGGGGCGGUCCAGAUCAUGAACGGGCUCUUCCACAUCGCCCUCGGCGGCCUCCUGAUGAUCCACAUGGAGGUCCAUGUGCCCAUCUGUGUGACUGUGUGGUACCCUCUCUGGGGAGGCGUUAUGUACAUCAUUUCUGGAUCACUCCUGGCAGCAGCCGAGACAAACUCCAGGAAGAGUUUGGUCAAAGGAAAAAUGAUCAUGAACUCAUUGAGCCUCUUUGCUGCCAUUUCUGGAAUAAUUCUUUUGAUCAUGGACAUAUUUAAUAUUACAGUUUCCCAUUUUUUUAAAAUGGAGAGUCCAAACUUCAUUAACGCUCCCGUGCUAUCUAUUAACAUACACAACUGUGAGCCAGCUAACCCUGCUGAGAAAAACUCUUUAUAUCUACAAUAUUGUUACAGAAUUCGAUCUGUAUUCUUGAGUCUUUUCACUGCGAUGCUGAUCUUUGCCUUCUUCCAGAAACUUGUGGCAGCUGGCACUGUUGAGAGUGAAUGGAAAAAACUGUGCUCCAAACCCAAAGCUGUAAUAAUAUCUGUAACUGCCAAAAAGUGGAAAAAAUCCCAAAGUAUAUCAAUUGAUGAAUAG